UGGCAGAAAGUUGGAAAUUCUUGACUCCCGAAUGGAACAGCUUUCGUUGUACUGUCCAUCCGACUUCAACCGACGACCCAACAAAAGGAGUGCUUUUCGGAAAUUCUCGGAGACUUAGAGUCGUUCAGUGCUUUUGAUUACAAAAACAAUAUGCCAGAAUUUCGUAAAAUGAUUCGCAAACCACAUCUUGUUUUACAACAGUAUUACAAAAGGACAAAAGAAUUAAACGACUUAACUCUCACGCCUCCAGUUCAAAAUAACCCAAUACGUGCAACAUUACCUCAUGCAGAAGGCCCGGUUCCUGAGAAUAUUCCUGCCAACAUAUGUCGUCAAUUUCAAAAGUUGGAGAUUAGGGAAGUCACAUUUGCCACGAAUUUGCGUGACAGCUGUUGCAGUCUUCAAGAUACAAGAAUAGGGAUCAUAAGGAACAUUCUAAAAGUAGAAGAAGAAAUUUUCUUCAUUUUUGAAUCUUUUCAAAGGAAAGAACCACUUUACCACAUUGGAGUCACAUCAGAUGUUGUUGGUGUAUAUAGUUGCUCGGAUUUGUCAAAUGUAAUUGAAGCUAUACCGUUAAAUGAGAUUAAAGAUAAGUGCUACAGAAUGCCAUGUUGGAAUCACGUUGAAGGACAAGAAGAGCGGCCGUUAGAAAAUCAAUGGAUUUGCUGUACAUUGCUCAACCGAGAUGCAAUACCUCAAAAUUAAAUUUUUUUUCCAAAAUGGUUACUUGAUGAAGUUAGAUACCAUGGCAAGUACCAGCAAAACAGAAAAGCCCAAAAUGUUUUCUAAAACUGAAGUCAGAGUAUCAAGUACGGAAGACGCAUUAAAACUGCGAAGAAUAUUUUAUCCACUUCCGACGAUGAGCCACCUCCGAAGAAGACGAAACCAUCAUCAUUAAAUGAAAAAAUUAAUAAAUUAAAAGUAUUAGCACAAAAAUUGGAGUUAAGAAAUGCAACAACUUUGUCACAAGGAAAUAAAUUUUUCAGUGAUCCUAACUCAAAACCUGGAACCAGUUUUGACAAUUUUUCACAGGUACAGGUCUCUCAAAGUUCAUCACACCAAUCAAGUCAGAUAACUAAACUAACUAACCCUACGCUCUAUUUAUCAUCAACCCAUUAAAAAAAAAAUAAGUGUAAUUUUUCCUUUCUUAAAAAAAGAGUGCGAGAUUAACCCAAUAACUCGAAAGUAUCGAAUAACUUGAAUGAGAAACGUUCUCUGAUUAGUUAACGCGAAAGAGCGUGCGAAACUUCAAAUUUAAGUAAUUGCAAAACAAACUAAACUAAACUACAGAAAACUUCUACAGCCGAAUCUCUCAUUUAGAAAAAAUGUUGAUCAGAAGUUUAUUUUGCGAAACAAUAUCAAAAUUUGCGAAAAUCGUUGAAAUUUAACGUUUUUUCCAAAAAUUCAGUAUCAGAUGAAAAACAUCUUGCUAGAAAAGAAUCAUUC